UUCACUCCGAACAAUCUGCGCAUGCCCCGGAUUCUGUUUGCGAAAAUGGGGAAGAUCACUGAAGAUGGCGGUGAAUAGCGAAUCAGAAGGCGCCACGGAGAAGGACGACAAGGACGGGGUGGCCCCCCGGCCCAGCAAACUGCCCGACAAGCUCCAGGCCCUGCCCAAACCGUCGGCCUUUCCUCGCGUCCGCCACAGAUGGAACACGAACGAGGAAAUCGCUGGCUUUUUGCUAUGUUUUGACAUCCAUCAACAAUGGCUGUCAACAACGCCCAAACUCAGACCCCAGAGUGGGUCGAUGAUCCUCUACAACAGGAAGAAGGUGAAGUACAGAAAAGACGGCUACAGCUGGAAAAAACGCAAGGAUGGCAAAACUACCAGAGAAGAUCACAUGAAGCUCAAAGUACAGGGUGUAGAGUGCCUGUAUGGCUGCUAUGUGCAUUCCUCUAUCGUGCCAACAUUCCACAGAAGAUGCUACUGGUUGUUGCAGAACCCAGAUAUCGUGUUGGUACACUACCUGAAUGUGCCGACUACUGAGGACUCCAAACCCUCCAUCCCCCCAACCAUUCCCCUCCGCAUCGACUCACAAGAAUGGACAAAGGACGAACUCCUCAAGCAGCUCAAGCCCAUGUUUGCAGGAGUCAAGGUCGGAAGUAACAACGACGUGAGCGAGACGAUUGAGGCAGUUGUGGAGAAGCUACUGGACAACAAGGCGCCCAAACCCCAGCCUAAGACAGUCACGCACGCCUGCGUCUGUGCUAAGGAUGGGGCCGGACCCAAGCAGAAGUGUGGUCACACUCCCCACCGAAUCAUCUCGCCCAAGGUCGAGAGUACGCGUUCCGAGAUAGACAGUCCUGCGGGCAUGGGCGCCGACGUGGUGACCCCCGACCUCCCGCCGCCCCAGCCCACCGCGCCGACCGUGGUGAACAUGAUCGGGAAAGUUCCCAACGGACUUGCGACGCGGAAUGGCGCGGUGGUUAGCCUGAACGGCCUGGCGGGCCCGGGUACAGGCGGCGUUCAGAACGGGAUGUUCUCUAGCGGCAUCGCGGUGACGGGGAUUAGCACGAGUGGUUCGAUAGUCAGCGCAAAUCUCUUGUGUGGAGUUCCCGUGCUGCCUGGGUAUGCUACAGAGGACCAGCUUUCUACAUCCGUCGUCGCCGCCCCCCUCCCCACUGGGAUGGUUUCGAUGGUCCCCCAGUCUUCGCACAACGUCGCCAUUUCCACCACGGAUGGAGGCAGCGCCAUGGUGUUCCAGCACGCGACCGCCACGCAGCCGAACAGCGUCCCCAUGGUUCUAAAUGGCAUCGCGUCGUCAGCACAGGGUUGGUCCGUGAAGGUUGAAAACGAACUUCCGCCCGCUAGCGCCGCGGCAAACUCGCACAGCCCAAGCAUGAACCACGCCAUCAACACAAGAUUUCUCUCGUCGCAAGGCUCGUUCGACCUCCCACCAUCAUCCAUGCUGACCAUCUACGAGUCCAACGCGCUGGCGGGCCAGGCUCUUGUCGGCCAUGCUCUACCGGGCCAGACGAUGGCCGACGCGGCCCCCGUGAGUCGCUACAGUCUGAACCUGGACACGAUCCACGGGGAGGGUCACGCCAUGACGGCCCCAUCCACCCCCAGUAGGGCGCCGCGCAGCUUCACUGGCGGGGGAUACAGCCGCAAGAUGGCGCUCGACGCCAAGGGCUUCGUCAAGCGCAGCAAGAGCCUGGACGAGCAGGUUCUCCAGACGGGUAACCAUGGUAACCACGCCCCUCCGAACGGGUUUGUCCUCGAGGGGGCAGGCGUGGCUCAGGGGGGAGACCGGCAGCUACUCUUUGCUCAGGACAUGACAAGUGCAAUAGGGGGGGAGGCGGUAGGGGGGUUGAACACUGGCAGUUUCGGAGAAGGGCUAAACCAUCCCUACCCCCCUCCCGACUACAAGACCGCGGUGGCGAUGAAUGCAGCAGGGACCCGCGACGCCAUAGGGUCUCCCACUGUAGUUUCGAGCGGAGGGGACGGUCAGCUGACCUCACCCCUGAGUGAGACCAACGAGUUUGGUUGUCGUGACAUCCUCCUCAGCGGCAGUAGCGUGAUCCCGACGGGUCUGUCGCACGCAAACGGACACCUCUCGCCCCCGCAGAACCUGACCCUUAACCUCAGCUCACUCUCCUCCAACCAGGCGCUCGACAACCUGGACCUGAACACCCCCACCUCCGACGUGGACCUGUCCAAUUUCGACGCGUUCGAUAACAUCAUGUUGGACACACAGCUGUCGGACCUGCUGCCGGAGCUGGAGAACACGGAUUCCAACGACCGUAGCGUCGACCACGGCAACGACCCUUCCGAGAACGGAACGUACGGGCGCUGCGAGAGGUCGGCCCAGAGAAACGAGCUGGUCUGCAUCACGGACUUCUCACCCGAAUGGUCGUACCCCGAGGGGGGAGUGAAGAUCCUGGUGACAGGCCCGUGGCACUCCAGCACCACAGCGUACAGCUGUGUGUUUGAUGACAUCAGCGUCCCUGCCAGCCUGGUGCAGAGUGGGGUCCUCAGAUGUUACUGUCCAGCCCAUGAGACUGGCCUGGUGACCCUUCAGGUCGCGGCGGGCGGGGUGCCCAUCUCCAAGUCUGUCGUGUUUGAGUACCGGACGCGCAGCGUUCUACAGAGCGCCGGCUCACAGCGAGAGUGGCUCUCCCUGGACGAGCGCCAGUUUAAGAUCUCCAUCCUGGAGAGAUUGGAGCAGCUGGAGAACCGGCUGGGUACCAGGAGGGGGGCGGGGCAACAGGACAGCUCUGGACAGGGAUCUGGCCAGGGUACCCAGCAUUCCCUGGAGGACCGUCUGAUCGCGGUGUGCUCCCAGCUGAUGACUCGCACCUGGAUCAAGCCGGAGGCUGCACUUCCCACCUGCUCCGCUAGGGGGAUGACUCUGCUGCACCUGGCAGCCGCACUGGGCUACAGAAGACUGGCCGAGAAGCUCAUGGUCUGGAGGAGCCAGAGUUCCAGUGUGGUCCUGGAGGUGGAGGUGGACCCACUCAAUGUUGACCACUUCAACUGCACACCACUGAUGUGGGCCUGUGCCAUGGGCCACACCGACACAGCGUACUUCCUGUGCCAGUGGAACCGCGCCGCCCUGACCGUCCCGGACUCCCUGGGCCGCCUCCCCGCGUCCUUGGCCCGGGCCCGCGGCCACCCCCGCAUCGCAGAGGAGCUGGAACUGACCCAACAGGAAGGUCACCUCCCGAGCUUCAAGCCUCCGCCCGUCCACGCCUCUCCGUUCUCGCCCAGGGGCCUCUCGCUGCCGCUGGGCGCUGGACUCCGGCUGUCCCCGCUUGACCCCGAACACUCUCCGUCAUCCGCCUGCUCCACCCUCAGCUCAGCCUCCCCCAACUCCAGCAACCUCUCACCCAACCAGGAGGCAGCGCAGCGCAAGAGCGCCCCCAGGCUCUCUCAGGAGGAACUGCACCUCCUUCUGCAGAGGUCCAUCUCCCGGAUGAACCCCAACAUCUUGAACUCCAGCACAAACGUCUUAAACCCCGGCAGCAACGUCUUAAACUCUAGCACCAAUGUCUUAAACCCUAGCAGUAGCAUCUUAAACCCUAGCAGCAGCAUCUUAAAUCCUGGAACCAGCCUCUUAGACCCCAGCCUGGUGAAGAUGGAGACAGAAGAGGCCAUGCACACGGAUCAGCCGACCUUGUCAGACACCCUGCGAGCCAGGAACCUGCGACAGGCACAAGCCACUGAGGCCAUGCAGUACAGUGAUGGUGGGUACGAUAAAGAUUUGGACUCAGCGGAGCUCCCACCAUCUCCCCAACACGACUCCAUCCUAUUGCUGGCCGAGCGGAUUGUGUCGGCACUCCCGCCUCGAUUCGUGGACGAUCAGGAGAUGUCUGAUGAAGACUACUCCUUCCUGGACCACACCUACCGAGACGUGACCACGCCAGGAUCAGUGGACAGUCCCGUUGACCUGGACAGCCCGGAUGACCUGCUGGAAGACUUUGCCAUUGACCCCCACGACCCCCCGCCGACCCGGGAGGAGUGGUGCGAGUUCCUGAACGCCUCCGGGCGGGUGACAGAGGAACUGCAGAGCCUCACACUCACAGACCAGGAACAGAAGAAGCUGUACCAAGCAGCGGCCGUCAUACAGAACGCCUUCCGCCAGUACAAGAGUCGCCGGCAGCGUCGGCUGCGUGAGAUCGAGGCUGCGAUACUGAUCCAGAACUACUACAGACGAUAUGCCAUGUUCAAGAAGAUGAAUAGGGCGGCCAUCUUGAUCCAGAGCCGGUUCCGACGCUACUACGAGCAGAAGAGGUUCCGCCAGCUGUACCGCGCCGCUGUACUCAUCCAGAGCUACUUCCGAUCCUUUCGCGAACACGAGAGAUUCCGGCAGUACCGGCGCGCCGCCAUCAUUAUACAGAAACGGUUCAGAGGUCACUGCCAACGGAAGAGGCGUCUUCAGGAGAUCAUGCAGCAGUACAGACAGAGUGUGCUCUGGGACUAUAGAAGUGUUUUCCUGACUGCUGGAGCAGAGCUCCCCGGUUGGCUGGAUUACGCCCCUUACUGAGUGCAUGUGACUGGAAUCAGCUGAUCUUGUGAUGAUCAUGUGACCUGCAUGGGCUGAUCAUGUGACUGACACGUGGACCAAUCAGGCAGCAGCAUGAGAAGAUGCCAAGUUUGUGUGUGUAGAAAACGUGGACACAGCUUAUAAAUGCAGUAUUACCUGAAUCCCUCACAGGGAAAAUGCUUUAAGUUUCCUUACUCCCUGUUUUGUUUUGUUUAACUCAAUCUUGGAAGAUGUAUUGUAACAAACUUACAUUCCAUUGACUUAAACCGUUUGUGUUACUGGCAUCCAAGCAAGGCAGCUAGACAAGUAAUGCUAGUUCCCCUUUAUCCGUGGGGUAACUUAUAUCUGCUGUUUUUGAAAACGGUGCGUAGGGAUUUCAAGUAGACGGAAGGUGGUUUCAAAUUACACUAUUUGAAAAUAUAUUGAAAAUAUUGCAAGUAAAAACCUCCGUCCAUGGGCUUGAUAUCCCUGAAUACCCUGUUUUAACAAACAACGGAUAUAGGUUACCCCACGGAUAAAGGUCAACUAGUGUUACUUCUGAGAUAUUCUUCAAGAGAAUUUGCUUCAGACUAGAAGCAGUUAAAGUUAUCAGGGCUGAAUGUUGACAGUUGCCUUAGCCCUGACCUCUGACCCCUGGGGUCACACCAGGCAGGCCCUGGAUGGAUGACCUUGACCUUUGGGGAUGACCUCCAUCCCAGAAGUGUUGCCAAAAAUUGUUCGGUCACUUGAAGGGGAAAAAAGCUUCAAAAUCAUGUUAGAUACGAUUUCAUGGCAAAAGAGAUGCAGAUCUAGAAAGAGAGAGAGAGCAACUCUAAACAGGUCAUGGGUCAAGAGUGCAAAGGUCAUAAGCAAGGGGAGUGUUCCUGACUACAGGUUGUUGGUAGCGAUGCUGUCGGCUCCAGCUAACAUUCUGGUAUCAUUCAGGUGCAACACGCGUUUGGAAAUGUCCGAAAUUUCCCUUGCAAUUGAUGUA